CCAGCUAUUAAUAUGACAAUCGGUUGUCUCCCCGCCCUUGACACAGAGAUAAGGCCGCCGCCGAAUAUGGAUUACGGAUAUUGCGUUAUGUUCCGUUUCCGACGUACACCUUAACUGGUUGCUUGACUCAGUGUCUAUCAUUUUUCUGCCUUUUUGGUUUUGUUAUAUUUUUACGUUUCGUCAUCUGUAUCACUACGAUUUUUUUUCUCCUGCGCCUUAUACAGACGUGGAUGGCCUACAAUUGUGCUGUGUGCCAUAAGUAUUAGUGUUGUUCGAAAAAUCGUUAGAGCGAAUUUACUAUUUACAUAUAUAUAUAUAUAUGUACAUUGGUGGUUAUUUGUUGAGUGUUUUUUUUUUUUGUACACGCACAACCGUUUACUGGACUACGUAUUACAUUGAUGUUGUUUAUCUGUUGUUGUUUUUGUCUUGUCGUUGAUAAUAACUUGUGUUUACGACUGUAUGAACGCAGCACCCGGUGGUAUUCACGUGGGUUCGUUAACAUUCGUGCUUUUAUUUUGUCCUAAGUCUUUAGCUAUUCCGAUGAUAAGGAAUGUGACGUUCGAAGAAAAAUACAUUAUUUUAAAUUACAAUGGAAAAGAUAACAUUUUCGAAUACAACGAAGAAGAAAUGAAUCUAAAACUGGAGUCAUUUAUGGAGAAAAUAAACAACCAAAUUCAAUUCAAAAUAAUUAAAAUUCAAACCAGUAAACUAGAUAAUAAUACAUCUUUAAUAAAUGAUACAGUCUAUGAUGAACAAACCAGAAAGCAACUAAGAGAAGUGGAAAAUUUGUCAUUAUGGAAUUAUGUUAAAGAGGAACUUUUUCAAUCGUAUCUUACUACAGUACCCAAUACAAAAAUUAACUAUUUCAUUCUUAAUUCAACAAUGUAUAAGAUAGAUAUUAAAUUCACUCUUAUAAAUGCAAUCGAAAUCAUGUGCAAUCGAACUUUUAAGUAUGCGAUUUUGCUAAUGGUAUAUGCCUAUGAGGCACAAAGAAUUAAUUAUUGUACAACACCAUAUUGGGACCAAUUAAUGAAUAAAUUAAAUAAAUUGAGUGAUGCACUGAUAAAUUUGAAUGGCAACAGAAAAUUACUAUAUGGAUGGUAUGAUGUUAACCGUGGAAUUAAUAAAAGUGAUACAAUGCGUGCUUUUCAAAGAUUAGUAAAUGAUUAUGCAAAUAUUUUUGUAACACCCCAAGAAAUGAAAAAAUAUAAUUCUAAAGAAAUAUAUACAUGUGAAAAUAUUGAAGAUCAAGUCAUUCUAUCGCAACAUUUAUUAGAUAAAAUAUUAAAAGGAUUUCCAAAACAUCACCCAAACGACGAGUCAUACCAAUUUGAACUUAUACCACCAGAUCUAUGUGAAAUAGAAGAAAAAUUACAGCAAAUUUUUAAGUUAAUUGAUGCAGAAUUUGAAAAUAUUUACAAAAUAGAUUUGUAAUAUUGAAUAACUUUUAGUAUAGUAGAUAUUUAUUUUUCAAAAAUAUUUAUGGUGAUUUAAUCACACUUGUAAUAAAUAAUUUAUUCAACCAUUUUAAAAUUAAUAAAAAACAAAAAUAAUAAUUUUUUAAAUAUGAAAUAAUUUAUACAUAUGAUACUCGUAAGAUAUAUUGUCGAUAUUUGUCAUUAUAAAAUGUAUUUUUGCUAAGGAUCGUGUGAUUUCUUAUUUUAAAAUAAAAACUAUAACAUAUUAUUCAUUUUAAUAAAAAUUGUAAUAAUAAUCAGCUUAAUGAUUAUAAAAAAGAAGAUAAUAAUAGUAAAUCCAGCAUAAGGGGGUCGCGGUUCACUAGUAACGUGACAUAGUUAAAUGAAGUAUAAUAGUAUCUGACAGUGAUUAAAGUCACUAUAAAAAAAAAACGCUUCGAUGCAAAUCUUUCAAUAGUGUUUAAUUUUAAAAAAUUGGUGGAUUAUUCCAAAAGCUACAUGAUCUAUUAUUUCCUUAUUAAUAUCCUAAUUAAGAUAAAGUAUGUCGAAUGAAAAAGGGAUUACUUAAAAAUAUUACUUCUCAUAAAAAAAUUGUAUUGAUCGA